GUGGAUAUGAAUUCUGCUGUUCAGGCCCUGAUGGAGUCCCAUGCAGCACUGCGGAUGGAGAGCUAUCAGAAUACUGAUGUAUCAGUGCUAGAUUUCAGCACAGAGAUCUUUAAAACGCUCCACUACCUGACAGAUUUGAUGCACAGUAUAAAGAACCCACCGGGGACCAGGGACAAUCCAGCGCGAAUAUGUCGCGACUUGCUCAACUGUAAACGCAAAGUGUCAGAUGGAAAGUACUGGAUUGACCCGAAUCUUGGAUGUCCAUCAGAUGCCAUAGAGGUCUUCUGUAACUUCACGGCUGGGGGGCAGACAUGUUUAUCUCCAGUUACUGUGGCAAAGCUGGAGUUUGAUGUGGGCAAAGUGCAGAUGAAUUUUCUCCAUUUGCUGAGCUCCGAGGCUGUCCACACCAUCACCAUCCAUUGCCUGAACACCCCGGUCAUAGGUGGAGACACACCGCUUACCUUCAAAGGAUGGAAUGGCCACAAGUUUGAAGGAUACAAAUUACUUGAAAGAAAUGUGAUUCUAGAUGAAUGCAAGAUACAAGAUGGCAGCUGGCACAAGACACAGUUCACGUUUCAUACGCACGAAACAAACCAACUUCCUGUCGUUGAAAUGUCCCGAUUGUCUCCUCCCCAGAAAGGACAGCAUUACAUAGAGAACGGUCCCAUCUGCUUCCUCUGAAAGCAGUGCAGAUGCCUUGAGGGCAGCUGCUUAGAGCAAGUCUCUUUUCUAUAAAGAGCAUUAAAAUUUAAGAAGAUAGCAGUUUUGGCAACUGCGUCACGAAUCAAUGUGCGAUCUUCUAAAGAAGCCAGAAGAGACUUCCUCCUAAGAAGGAUGUGUGGCAUUUUAGAAAGAACUUCAAUAUUGAUAGAGUAUUUAAUUUUUUUUUUUUAUAAUCAUUGGUGUUUUGUUUUUUUAAUUAAUAAAACUUUGAAUUUGAAUCAAGUACUUUGAAGACGAACAAGUGAAAAGCACUGUACAAGUCACCUUCGAGGAAGCAGUUAGCUUGCCUGGGAGCAGUACUGGUUACGGCUCCAAGAAGUGCAAUAACAUGGUUGAAAGGUAAUUUUCCUGUUCAUUGACUCCUUUUUUUGGGAGGAGAGAGUCAGCGUGCCCAGUGACAGCAAAGGGAUGAAACACUAAGUCGGAUUCUGGUCCUUUGUGGACAAAUACCUCUUUAGGUGAUACCCUACCUCUUACGUGUUGCCUGGUGCUUCUAAGUGUUCCUGUAGCCCAGAUUGGAGGAGGUUGUUUUUGCUGCCUAG